GUUUGUUCAUUUUCGUUGCAUCUAUUUCUUUAUCUGUUUGAUUAGAUUAGCUGCAGGUUUCUUCUGCUCAGUCAUCUAGCUCAUCUAGCUCCUUCUUGAUAUAAUAUUCUUUGAAACAAUCAGCUUGCUCUUCAACAUUUCGUUUUAAUCUUAGCCGUUGUUUGAACAAGCAAGCCAACACUUGUUUCUUAAAAGAAAUCAUAUUACUACGAAUAAAAAGAUUUUACCUCCUGGACUUGGAAUAAAGACAUGAAAGCAAUUUUCACACUUUUAGCUGCACUUACAGGCAGUCAAAACCGAAAACCCAUUUUUGUUGUUGUUAUUUAGUUCAUUCAAUAAACGGAAUGCUUUUUGAGAACAGCGAAUGCUAUUCUUUUAGAGAAAACCAUCCACAUGAAAAAUUUAAUUUCGUAUAUGUUGCAGACAUUUAUACAUAUAUGGAAAGCAGAUACUUCUCUCGUGCAAGUCAGCCAAGAAACAUAACCACCUUGACUUGACCAAAAGUGCGACCGACAGAUGGCGUGAAGGCGCAGUAUGUACACGGCCAUCAUCCUUCGUCCUGUGUGGUUUCCACUCACUCCACUGGGCAGUCUUCAAACGCUGUAGGCUUGUGCGCAUAAAGGGUUAAAGUUCAGUAACGGCGUGGUAGCUCUGUUUGCCGCAGUGGCUUUACGACGUCGGGAAUAUGUUCUGUGGCCGACAACCCAAACACUAUAAUGCCUCCACCAUGGCAGUGGCUGCGGCUCAACCGCCGUAAAUACGCCUUGAGCACCUCUCCCGACAGCGACUACAGAGAGAUAGACCUUAGCACUGGUCACAUGCCCUUUGACCCAUCCGUCCUUCCAGAGUCUGCACCACGUCGAGGGCUCAAACCCUUCUGGAAGAAAAAGGCAGAACCAGACCGUAGCGAGCCGUUCUCAGACUAUAUUCAGACAGGACUUCUGGGCACAGAAGGCAGGUGGAAGGCUUUGGGAAGGACAGAGAGUAGUUACAGCCCUUCAGGUUCACAGGAGCCAGGCCUCUGUUCAGCUGCAGCCUGUGAUCCGCCAUUAGCGCGUCCUGCACGGAGAUGUGACAGUCUUCAUGCAGAAUCACAGGACGUUGCAAGCAUGCGCAGAUUUCUUUACGGCAGACCGGAGGGAACUCGCCUUUGCUUAGCUUCCACUAGCGACUGGCUGACCAAGCGGAGUGUCGUCGACCGCGUGCCGGACAAGGGUCGAGAUGGCAAAUCCAAGAGGCCGCACGUCUGGGACAUUUUUCCUGACAAUAAUGUGCACAGAAGCGCUAGUCGCGCCAGUGGUAAGCAAGGAAGAGACACAAGCGUUUGGAACCGCGCGACGCAAGGCUGGAAACCAUCUCUGCUUACGUCCCUCGCGCUGUUGAUGACAGCGCCAUCUCGGCGGCCCUGAAUGGCAGGAGGAUGGAUGAUUUCAAUCCUGAUCCUGCCUGGAACCUGGCCUUGGGAAGCUUUGCUUCCUCGCCUGAAUCAUCAACCGAAACGCUUCCCGAACGAACACCUCGUUCUCACUUAUUACUUGGAAAUACUUCAGCCCUUGAAUCUGACGUCACUGCAUCGUCGCCAUCACUAUCAUCUUCAUCUACACGACACCAAGCUACGCCAUCUGAUGGCUUUCAAGCAAAAUCGAACAUUUUCAUAGACUUUGAAUAUUCAUUGGAUGACGCGAGGUUACAGCCAUACCCAUCGUCGCUGGACACGAUGUCUGACGAUACACACGAUCGACAGACCAAGCUUGGAAAUGGUGCAAAUCUCGAUGCAAUGUUCAGCUCCAACGGUGAAGUAUUGUACUAGUUUCCUGGGGAUUGCAGGCACUGUCUUCUAUUUUAAUUGAAGUAUCGACAAGAAAGUGAUGUAAAAUGAGCUAAACAUUGAUUUUUCCUUUCUGACAAAUAUGUGUAGAUAAGUAUAUACAAAAGACCCAUAGGACCUAAAAAUACUUCAAAUGUCAAAUGUUCACUAUUUAUUUUAUAAAUAAUUAUAUAUAUAAUGUGAGAACCAACUCGACACUUCUAGAAAUGUUCACGCUUAUCUCUGUAAAAUCCGAACAGAACAAAACUGGGAUAAAAAAAAAAAUUAAUAAUAAAGAUGACCAUGAAG